CCUGUCCAUGUGAUGCUCCUGAAAACAUGACAUCACUGGGAAACGCUGUUCCUCCGUCUGCUGGGGUGGUGGCGGUGUUGGGGUUUGAGGGGCGGCCACUCUGCAAAACAAAGCCGUAAAAAGCUCGUUUGCUGGUUUGGACUGAAGACACUCGGAACUUUUCUCCAGCUGCGUGGACCUGAGGGACGCAUUUUCACGAAGGGGCGCCAGAUCGCCGCCAUCGGGGAGGAGAUUUCCGAAUAUCGCUGUUUUUGUUUCUCUUUUCCUUUUUGUUGCUGCAGCCAGAAACGAUCCCCAUUGUGGCAUCAAUGCAGUUCAAAUAACAGAACAUCCUUUUUUUCUGCACCUUCGGAUCCGGAUGCAGGCGCGCUGAUCGCCGGGUCCAUGGCGGUCAGCGCGUCGGAGCCUCUCUACCAGCCGUGCGUUUAUCAUGGGAGCUUCAGAGUGGAGCUGCAGGUGAAGAGACCCCUGAUGCCGGUCCGGCUGAGUCCACAGCAGGUGGGCUUGGAGAUGCUGUGCCUCUGCGGGCAGCUGGACCUCCUCAUCAGGACGCAGACGCAGCAGUUCCAAGAGCAAUUAGGAAAAGGGUGUAGCCCAGAGGAGUCAGACACUUUUCAAGCCCAAGGAUCAGAGAUUCUUGACCAAAUGCUCCAGUGCCUUGAACAUCUACCAAAGCCUAUGCCAGAGCUGGAGGACUACCUGGAUGCUGUGGGACUGUCGGCCAUGUUUCCUCGUGUGGAGGUGUUCCUCAUUCAAGGCAGUGCAGUUGAGAUGCUGGAGAGGCCGCAGAUGGACGAAUACUUUGUACACAUUGCCAAACUGAACCAGCUGCUGGUGCUCAGUCAACAGCUAGAAGAGGAUAUCAGACACCUUGGAAGUCAUAAGUACAUCCCUCACCAGCUCUCAGUCAUAUAUCAAGUUCUAAGCUCCUUCAGGGGAAUUACCGUCUUCUCAGAAAUAAAGAAGAAAAUUGAGGCAAACUUCAAACAGAUGAAGCAGUCUCUAGUGGCAGAGGAUGGCUGCAGGCACGAACCUCAGCUUGCAGCUCAUUAUAUCCACUGGAUAUUAGAAAUCACUCAAAGCUUAACAUCACUGGUUUUAGCGCUGCCAGAUGAGCUGACGGAGGACCUUCAUCCAGCCAUCACCUUCAUGUCCCAGUUCCUGUCCUGAGUCAGCAUGGAUGACAUAAUGCUUCUCAAGGGGAAGGACCCUUGUUUUGUUUGUUUGUUUUUUGCUGUUUUAUAGCUGUUAUUUUGAUAUAAGAACACUUUGCACAACUACAAGAAAUGACAUGAGAAUGAAAGGGAUUUAGUUUAAUGUUUACGACAAAUGCACCAUUAACCCUAACCAUACAAAGCAGCUCCACUCACUAAUUUUUUUUAUAUCAGUAUAAGCCAAUACAAACUAACCCCUGAAAAUAAGAAUAAUCAAUAGUGGAUUUAAAAAAAGUCUUCCAACACCAUCUGAUUGUCACUCACAGGUGCAGUUAGCUAUAAAUCUCAGAAUUUGGGAGUUCAAAGUGCUGCAAAAGCUUCAAAAUUGAUGGUCCAAUGCACCAGGAGGCAAGAACUCUGAAUGAUACUACAUGGAAGUACAUUAUUAUAGGAAAAAGAAGCAAGAAUUUCUUUUUAAGGUGCUAUUAAUCUGAUACAGCUGAGAAAUGAUGAUGUUGAAUUUCCUGCUUGUACUUUUUUUUGCUAUAAAUGUGACUUGUGAUGAAUCUAAGUUCUGGGAGUGAAUGUGAAAACCCUUGCACUACUCUUUUAAUCACUGUUAUAAAUAGAAAAAGAAAAAAAACAGGAAGUAAAAUAAUAAAAUUGCAAUGCAAUGAGA